AUGCUUCGCAAAGCUCUACUGGUAGCAGCUGUGGCUGUUAUCAUUUAUAAGCUGAUGAAUGUGGUCAUCAAAGCUGGAGUUUUUACACAUUAUAAAAAACAUUACCCAGGGCCAUGCAGACAAAUCAAGGGACUAAAUUAUGGAUCCGAGGACCUUGAAGUCACGAAAGAUGGGCUGGCUUUCAUUACUUCAGGUGUAUCCUACGCUGCUAUGUCAACGGGUUACAAGGAAUUCCUUCAGAGAAAUGGUAUCAAGGGGAGAAUCUUUUUAUAUGAUUUCAAUGAAGUUCAUCCAGAAGCUAGGGAACUACAGUUAGUGCCCAGCAAGGAUUUCAACCCAGAUUAUUUCCAUCCACAUGGUAUCAGUAUUCUUGAGGAUAGUGUCAAAGGUGAACAUAUAAUUUACGUUAUCAAUCACGCAGAAAUUGGCGAUGAAGCUGUAGAAAAAUUCAAGUUUUUACCAGAAUCAUACAAACUUCUUCACCUGAAGUCUUUCCGCGGCCCAUUGAUGCAUAUAACCAAUGACUUGGCCAUCAUCGGGGAAGACCAGUUCUACAUUUCAGACUAUUUGUAUUUUAAAGAUCACACACUGAGUCUAAUUGAGCAGGCAUUUCUGCCCUUUGGACUGGGUUCACUGCUUUACUUUAACGGCUCAGACUUUUCAGUAGUGGAUUCCGGACUUUUCUCCCCUAACGGUAUGACACUGUCCAAGGAUAAAAGAUAUUUGUAUUUGAGCUUGCCAGCACUCAGCACAGUAAACGUCUACGAACUUGAAAAGGGUAACUCAUUGGUAUUGAUACAGUCGGCCUAUCUACAUUCUAUGGCUGACAAUUUACAUCUCUCUGAGUCAGGAGACGCGCUGUACUCAGGAGCCCACCCUAUACUUCACCAGCUUGUAGUACACUUAGACGACCCCCGGCAACCAGCUCCCUCCUCGGUUUUGCGCUUACCUCUAAAAGAUGGCAAGAUAGUUCCAGAAGAUAUCACCGAAUUAUUCUACGACCACGGAGAUCUCAUCAGUGCAUCAUCCUGUGCUGCCAUCUACAAGAACAAGCUUCUCAUUGGCUCUGUCAUCAACAAACUGGUUGUCUGUGAUGUUAAUGCUGAUAUUGUUUGA